AUUUUUACUAACAGUAAUAAUUUUGAAAUAGGAGAAAAAUUAUCAUUUGAGCCAUAUUUUCAUCAAUAUAAUAAAAGUUUUCAGCAAAAGAGAUAAUAUUUUUAUAAAUAUAUGAGUACCAAUAAGUUAAAUCCAUAAGAUUAUAUUGCAAAAAGAUUUGGAUUAAAAUAUGAUCCUCCUUAAAUAAUUUUAGAAUAUCUUGUUCCUUCCACAGGAAAGCUUUAUCAUCACAAAAUCAAGUUGGAUUUUAUGAGCUCAGAUUCUAAUGUAAGCGAUGUGUUGGAUAUAAUAUAAAAAAAGCAUCAUACUUAUUUUACAAACAAUAAAAUUACAUCCUAACAAGUAGAAAAAUUGAUUUAUAAAAUGAAGUAAUACUUACCAAAAAAACCUAUUAAAUAAAUAGAAAGUAUAAACUAAAACAGUAACUAUAAAAUUAUAAAUGAAAAUAAAAAUUAGUAUUUAGCUCAGUAACCUUAGAUUAGCUAAAUUAUUAAUAAAAACAACUCAAAGUAAAUUGAGCAAACUAGUUCAAUGCAAUCUCUCCUUAAAACAUCUUAAAAUGAUAAUAAAAACAUAUUUUAGAAGCCAACUCUUUCUUAAGUUACAUCUUAAACUCAAAAUACUUAGUUUGCCAAUAUUUCUUAAUAAAGCAAAGCUGAUGAAAAAGGAGAAAUAUUAUAAACUAAUAAAAAUAUAGCUAAUAAUGUUAUUAAACCAUCACCACUUAUAUAAGUAUAACAAAAGAAAAUGGAAAAAGAUGAAUCUAAUUAAUAUAACUUUAGUUUAAGUGAUUAUGAUAGUACAGAAGAAAAAGUAUCUGCACCAGUCAAGCCAAUUGUAUAAACUAUUGCUUAGCUAAAAUAAUAAUCAGCAGGAGUAACAUCAUAGGUAAAUAACAGCUAAAAGUAGUAAUAAGAGUAAAAGAAUAAUAGUUCUAAUGUUGCUAAUAAAAUUGAAACUAAGAAAAACGAUUUUGAAUUUGAUGAUCUUUCUGAUUUUGAGGAUGAAGAAGAAUCAAAACCAGCGACUGUAUAAGAAUCAAAAUAAAUAACAAAAUAAACAUAAUAAUCUUCUAAACCUUCUAAGUAAGAAGAAAAAGAAGAAGAAGAAGAAAUGUAUGAGGAAAUUUACGAAGAAGAUUUCGAAAGUGUUGCAAGCUCUGCAACUAAAAUUGAUUAUAAUAACACGGAUCUUAAUAAAUUGUCAAAAGAGGAAUUAGAUAAGCAUAAAGCUAUUAUGGAUAAAGAUUUUAACAAGAAUUAAAAGAAACCUGGAGACAAAGAUUUUGUUUAUGAUAAAAGAUAAACUUUUGUAUAGAAUGAAGAAAAUGAGUGGGAUGAGGAGUUAUGA